CCUUUGCUGAGCUACAGACAAACAUCCACGUUACGAAUGAUUUGGAUGGAACAGGAAUCCCGUUCCUGGAUUAUAAAACCUACACAACCCGCGUUCUCUUCCCGGGAAUUGACGAUCAUCCCGUCCUCAAGGAACUAGACGCUCCCUCCAACGUGGAGAAGGGUCUCAAGCUGUUUGGUCAGUUGCUGAGUGACAAGGUUUUCCUGCUGACGUUCAUUCGCUGUCUGGAAACCCAGCGCAGCUUCUCCAUGAGGGACCGGGUGGUGGCUUCCCUGGUGAUGACCGCCCUCCAGGGGAAGAUGGAGUACGCCACCGUGGUCCUCAAGCACCUCCUCGCGGACCUGAUCGAGAAGAACCUCGAGAAUAAGAACCAUCCCAAACUGCUGCUGCGGAGGACCGAGUCUGUGGCUGAGAAGAUGUUGACAAAUUGGUUUACGUUCCUGCUGUACAGGUUCCUCAAGGAGUGUGCCGGGGAGCCCCUCUUCAUGCUCUACUGCGCCAUCAAGCAACACAUGGAGAAAGGGCCCAUCGACUCCAUCACCGGAGAAGCGAGGUACUCGCUGAGCGAGGACAAGCUCAUCCGGCAGCAGAUCGACUACAAAACCCUGAUGCUGACCUGCCUGUGCCCAGACAGUGAAGCUGGCCUUCAGAUCACAGUGAAGGUGUUGAAUUGUGACACUAUCACUCAGGUCAAAGAGAAGCUGCUCGAUGCCGUCUAUAAAGGCUUCCCUUACUCCCAGCGCCCGAGAGCUGACAGCAUGGACCUGGAGUGGAGGAGGGGGCGAGGAGGCCGAGUUGUUCUUCAGGAUGAAGACGUCACAACCAAGAUCGAGAGCGACUGGAAACGUCUGAACACACUGUCCCAUUAUCAGGUCACAGAUGGAUCCACAGUCUCUUUGGUUACGAAGCAGGUCCCCGCUUAUAACAUCACCAACUCCGUCACAUUCACUCGCUCCCUGAGCCGCUACGGUGAGAGAGAGAAUGAG